AUGAUAAUUAAUCAUAACAAUUCUUAUUAUUAUUAUUAUGAUAAUACAAAGGCGUGGCUUUAUUUGAUGCUAUUAUUAUUAUUAGGUCUAAUCAAUUUAACUAAUCUUCAAUUGUUAGAUCAGGAACCGGAUCACAUUCAACAAUUACUGUUCGGUGAAAAAAAGAAAAUCAAAUAUUCAGAAAAAUCAAGUUUAUUUUGCCCGAUAGUAAUAUUAGGUGCUGGUAUUGGUGGAUCUCAUCAUGCAUAUCGACUUUCUUCAACAAUUAAUAAAAAAAUAUGCAUAUUUGAACGUAAUAAUUACGUUGGAGGGCGAACUUAUGAUCGUGAUUAUGAUGGAAAUUCAACAGAAGCUUAUGCGAAUACUUCAAUUUCUUCUCAAGGCGCACAACGAUUUUAUCUAGGUCAAGCUGUUAUUAAACAAUUAGCAGAUGAACUAAAUAUUUCCUAUUAUUCAUAUGAUUAUCGAAGAAGCGUUAUUAAAGCACGAGGAUUAUUCCAUACUUCAAUAAAUCAAAUGUGCUCUACAUCUUACAUAAACUUAACAUGUACUGAUAAUUCUAAUGGAUUAAAUUCUGUCGAUCAAUUAUGGAAUAAAUUAAUGGAAGAAUAUCAUAGAAAUGCAUCGAAUUUAUACAACUUUGCUGAUUUCAAUGCAUUCUGUCGUUCUAUUCAUGGUGAUGAAGCAACCGAAUUUCUACGAGAUUCAAGUAGAUUUCGUGCUGAUUUCGAAAAUGUAAAUGCCUACGCAUAUAUGGAGUGUAUAGACCAAGAAUGGAAUUUAACUGGCAGUCUCUAUUAUCCUCAUCAAGGAAUGUCACAGUUAGCAAAAAGAAUGAUGUAUAUUGCGACAAAGGUGAAUCAAGCUCAAUUAUAUUUAAAUGAAGAAGUUCUCAGCAUUGACGAUUAUUCCAAUGGUGGUUCUUAUGUAUUUUCUAUUGAAACAUCUCGAUAUCGCAUUCGUGCUAAACAAUUAAUUGCAGCAAUCGAUUCGACUGGCUGGAAAAAUAUUCAUGGUUCAAUUGCACAUGAUAUAAAAUCACAUGAGAAUUUUCAAUCAAUUAAACCAAUUAAAGUAGUCACAAUACAUUGUUAUUGGCCUAAUCGAUGGUGGGAAGAUAGUACAUUGUUUGGGACAGAUAUUGAUUUAGCAUGGACAAGACAAAAUUGUAUUAGUUUUAUUGAAAUAACUUCUCGACGCCCACAUGAAAAACAUCAAAAUUUAACAAGAGCUGUUUAUGAUGACGGUUUAUGUGUUGAAACUUGGUCGGCACUUAUUGCAAGACCAUCACAAGAGAAUUUGAUACAAGAAAUUUUAAGGGGAUUGCGCUCAAUUUUCAUUGAUGUUCAAAUACCACGACCAACGAAAGUAUUCACUCAAAUAUGGUCGGGUGCUUGGCAUUUUCAAAAAUCAAACAGUAUAGUUAGCAAUAAACAAAUUAUUGGUUGGGCAUUGCAUCCAUUACAACGAUUUACUAAAAAUCAGUUUAGUUUAGUAGGUGAAGUAUUCCAUUUAGAUCGUUCUGGAUGGACUGAAGCUGCUGUUAAAUCUUCAUUCAUAUCUCUAACAUCACAAUUUGAUUUGAAAUUCAAGUGUUACGAAAACGAUGUUCCUUCGGGUGGAAGAUUUUGCAGUUCAGAUUUUGUUUGA